UCCGUUCAACGCAUGCGCAGAUAUAGUUUGAUAGCAGAGUGGAAGCGAGUGACAGUGAGGAGAUAAGAUGGGAGAGAGAAAUGCUUAAAUAUUUAUUAAUUAUAGUUUAGUUUAUUCUUAAUUUAUUUCUAACGUAAUGGAGAACGGGGCAAAGAGUAAAGACAAUCCAUUUUCAUUUAAGAAUUUCUUAAAGGGAAGUCAAGAUAUUGAUUCUAAUCCAGGAAGAAGAAGUGUUAAUGAAGAUGCAGACAAUCCUUUCUCAUUUCGAAAAUUUUUGAGUCAAGGUAAGUCAUCAGAAACAAAGCGUACAUACAAUCAAAAUGUUGAAUCAUCAAGAUCACAAGAUACUGCCAGUAGUUCUCCAAAAUUGUCUUCGCAAACUACAACUAGUUCAAGUUUUGAAAUUUAUUCUGAUUUUGUGCAAGAACUGCCAGAUUUUAUCCAGGACCACUUGGAACUGAAAUAUGAAGAUGACAAGAUUGAGAGUAAUGAACAUCUUUACAAUAGUAACGAGCAUUAUACCCAUACAGAUUACAGCCGAGAGACUUAUGGAAAUUCUGGUAGUUCAAUCGAAAGUGGACAAGCAGAGGCGUCUUUGGAAAGUUUUAAUGGGAGUUCAGUUUCUACCAGCCAUAAUGAAUCUAGAAUCGAGAACCAAAUAAAAAAUGAGAGUUACUGUGGCCUUCCAGAUUUUAUAUCUGGCACAUCAAAGUCAGAAACUGUAGCAACGUGGUCAUCCUCCCAUCUGGAAGAAUCUAAUUGCAUUGGCCAUUCACAAAGUUCACUAGAAGAUGAGAUUUACAAGCUUAGAGAAGAAAAUGCAUUCUUACAUGAGCAAUUGGAAAAAGCAAGGAGGACUUCAGACAUUCAAGCAUCUAAGAUUGUGGAACUACAACAGAAAAUGAUUGAACUUCGAGAAGCUGAAGCACAAGAAACUGCUGCACUUGAAAAAAUGGUGCAACAAGUUGAACUUAACCUUAAAGUCACAACUGAACGAGCUGUGUUAGCAGAAGGGCAAGCUGCAAAAUUAAAACAGGAGUUGAAGUCCUUGCAAGCCUUAUUUAAAAACGUAAUGAAGGAGAAUGACAAAUUGACUGGUAGUUCUUCCGAUAUGGAAUGCAUUGCAGAAAAGGCAAAUUCUCUCGCUUCUCAAAUAAAAGUCGCUGCCGAUAAUGCCGAACAACCGCUCAGGAAUCUUUUGGAGGGAGUGGAGCACCUCCGAUUGCUGGCGACGUUAGUGUCCAGCAUUGGGAAGGUAGAAGAAAAUUGAGAAAUGUUCGUUGUAUUUUUGUGGCAUAAAAUUCCAGAUUAAUCUGAUUUUGAGAAAGUAUAUUUUCUGAUUUUAUAAUCAAUACUUUUUGUGAUAGUUGUAAAUAUUCUGUAAUAAAAACUUUCAUAUUUUU